AUGUCUGGUGGCAAGUCUGGUGGUAAGGCUGGUGACGCUUCGUCGAAGACCCAGUCGCGUUCGGCCAAGGCCGGUCUGCAGUUCCCCGUCGGUCGUAUUCACCGUCUGCUCCGCAAGGGCAACUACGCCCAGCGUGUCGGUGCCGGUGCUCCGGUCUACCUCGCCGCUGUCCUUGAGUACCUCGCUGCCGAGAUUCUCGAGCUUGCCGGCAACGCCGCUCGCGACAACAAGAAGUCGCGUAUCAUCCCCCGUCACCUUCAGCUCGCCAUCCGCAACGAUGAGGAGCUCAACAAGCUGCUCGGCGGUGUGACUAUCAGCCAGGGUGGUGUGCUUCCCUUCAUCCAGAGCGAGCUCCUUCCCGCCAAGAGCGGCAAGUCGAAGAAGGCGAUCGGCUCUCAGGAGAUCUAA